CUUCAGUGUUCACGAAUCAGUUCGUUUGUUAAGAUGACCGCGGGAUCAUGGUGUUUUCUGCUCACUUUGGUGCUAGCACAUCAAGGAUCGGCCCAUUUCUUAGACUCAGAGUGCGUGAACCACAAGCCGAGUAAGGAUGUUUUUAAGGACACACCUUGGAUGGCAUUCAUUGCAUCUCCCACAAAAAACUGUAGCGGAUCGCUUAUCAAUAAACAAUUUGUCAUAACCACUGCUAGUUGCGUUUUCGAUCAAAGAGAAAGCACCGUUUUUUUGGGAAUGUUUGACAAUUUACCAGAAAAUCGAAAGAGAUACGUCAAGCACACCGUCCUAAGCGUCUACACUCACAAACUGUACAACAAACAGACUUUCGAGCACGAUGUAGCUCUACUCUUGUUAGAUGGUCCUGUGACUUAUAAAGAGAGCAUACGCCCAGUAUGCAUUAGGUUGGGUGAGAUAAACAACUUGAACAAUUUGAAAGCCAACCGAUGGGGAAUAUCCGAAAAAAUGAUUUUCCAAAGGAUCAACAGGGCUCAAAUUCUGAAAAUUAAAAAGUGUCGUGAUACAUUCGGAAUAACUCUGAAAAAAUCGCAGAUAUGCGCUGGCUUUCAAAGCGGUAGAAUCUGUACGGAGCCAGGAAGUUCGUUGGUUAAGCAGAUAAAUAUCUCGGGUAAACUUUGGAAGACAUUAAUCGGAAUUCAGAGCUAUGGCGUUUCGGAAAGGUGUAUAUAUAAUAAAAUCGCACACUAUAUUGACUGGAUUUUGGGAAUCGUGCUGAAUGUUGAUGUUAUACAUCCCAAUUCUUGAAGCGAUCCUAGACUAGAUCAUUAAACUACUUGUAAUUCAUAUAAUAUCAUAGAUAUAUCUAACGCUUUUGUAAAAGUUUUAUGACUGAAAGAGUAUAGCGUAUUUUUAAGCAUCACCUUGGCACAUUUUAUGAGACAAGCGAGCACUUUUGGGCCAGCAGGCAAUCUCAUUGGCUUUUGGUCCAAAAAUGCUGCUGCCUUGUUGCUAUUUUUGCUAUUUAUGUUGUUGUGGCUGCAAUUGCUCUGGGACCAUUUAGCAUUUUUCAAGUAACCACAUGGGGCUAAGACCGACAGCGGAUAGGGCACGAACCUUAAUAGCCACAAAGAGGUGGAAAACGGGGAUGCCGGUCGGUGCUGAAGUAUUACAAAACUCUAAACAGGCGCAAAAGUUUCGCCAAAGAAAAUGCUCUUAAUUUGAUUUCUUCAACGCCCCUGGAGUGCAGUAUUGCGGGCAGGCGUCUAAAUGUGCGUGUAUUUUAUAAAUAUAUAUCCCUACACAUAGAACGGUAUAUAAAGCAGGGCCCGACUUAGGGCAGACAAGGUCUCAUAAAAAGGCUUGGGCACAAAAGUUUUUAAUAAAGUUUUUACACCCUA